UUGAGAGAUUAAGAGAGAGUCAGAGAGAAAAAGAGAGAAAAGUUAGAAAAAUGAAAUACCUCACAGUUUCUCCGACUCACUUUCACAACGCCCCCAUAGCUAUUUCAUACAAGCUCCUCAAACCCUAAGCUCCACCACCAGAGACCCAAAAGAUGCCUCCAAAGCUCGAUCCCUCACAGGUGGUGGACGUGUACGUUCGAGUCACCGGAGGUGAGGUCGAAGCGACGAUCGGUCCAUUGGGUCUCUCCCUGAAGAAGAUUGGAGAAGACAUAGCCAAGGAAACUGCCAAGGACUGGAAGGGCCUCUGCGUAACGGUCAAGCUAACAAUCCAAAAUCGUCAGGCCAAGGUGUCCGUGGUGCCCUCCGCCGCUGCACUGGUCAUCAAGGCGUUGAAGGAGCCAGAGCGCAACUGGAAGAAGACGAAGAACAUCAAGCACAACGGUAACAUCUUGCUUGACGAUGUCACCAAGAUCGCUAAGGUGAUGAAGCCUAGGUCUAUGGCGAAGGAUCUUAGUGGGACUGUGAAGGAGAUUUUGGGAGCUUAGGGUUUGCUUUAGCCUUUAGUGAUUUCUGAUUUAGUGAUUUGAGGUUUCUGAUUUAGUGAUUUGCUCUGUAUUGGGG